CGGCCCAUAAGAAAAUUAGCAUAUUAAUAAUGUACCGGCAUUAAAAGUCGCAUUAAAUGUGAGUGGUUAUGCUAACAUUUUUCGCUUGGGCGGCGGCGAAGCUUGGGCGGGCGGCGGGACGCCAGUCGGCAUGCAGUCUCCGCUCAGAGAGCACGCCCGGUGCUCUCGCGUCUGCUCGCUCGCGUAAAAUCUCGACAGUUACGAACCUUAUCCUACCUUUAAACCAAUUUAAAAAAAGUAUACAGACUCCUCGGGUUAUAGAAAUUCGUGUUUCAUUAAAGUGAACAAAUAAUUCGGAUUUUUAGUGACCAUUUUGGAACGCGUAAGAAGCUUAAGUGUUUUGAAAGAGAUAAAAUGAAGUUCAGUGCCAGUGCUAGUGCCAAAGUGUAACAAAUGUGCCACCAUGGGUUGCACGCCAAGCAUGCUCCUCGACCACAAGAGCCGGCGCCGCGACAGUAGCGGGUCGCAGGAGGCCGCGCUGGCUAAGGUCGCGCCGGUGGUUUGCAACAAGGCGGUGCAGGCCGCGCGGGCGCCGCGCGCCUCGCUCGAGUCCGACGGCUUCAGCAUACAGCUGUCCAGCAAGAAGGACAGCUAUGUGUCGCAGAUGGGGAACAACUUUGCUACGCAGCUGCAUAUAAAAAGGAUAUCGGGCAGCUCGAGCGGGUCGCCGGGCGCGCGCGCCGGCCGGCGCUCCUCGCUGGCGCUCACGCCCGAGGACGAGCCCCUAGUCGACGUCACCAACAGGUCGCCGCCGCCGGCGCACAUCCCGACUGCCCUGCUCUACGCGCCCCCGGAGCCCCUCGAGCUGCUAUGCGUGUUCCCGGACCGCGCAUCCCGCGUGUGCGCAGCCGCGUGCGCGGCGGCGGCGCGCGCGGGCGGCGAAGCACGCGCGGUUCGAUCGGCGCGGGAGGCGCUGGACGCGUUGCGGCGCGACGGCGACGCGCGUCUGCCGCAUGUCGCUGUGGUGGACGCACGGCAGCCGCAGGCGCUUGAUGCUGCGAAUCUCGCCAGAACAAUACGACAAGCCAAGAACACUCAGCACAUAAUUCUCAUAGCAGUCGUCAAGAAAAGCGCCUACCUGAAAGAUGACUUCGCCACUCUGCCUUAUCUGGAAGUAGGAUUCAAUAGGGUGAUGGUAGAGACAGUCGGCGCGACGGCAUGGUGCGCGGAAGUGGUUCAAGCGCGAGCGGCAGCGGCAACGGCGCGUGCGCAGAUCGCCGCCGUCGCCGCGCUGGCCGCCGCCGCCGACCGCUGUCGCGACCUCGUCGCUGUCACUGACGACCAACAGAGGAUACUAGUAACAAACAAAGCCUGGUGCCGAGUGCUUGGCUGGCGGGCUGAAGACGGCGCGCGGCUCGCAGAUUCGGCGGGAGGCGAGGCCAUGAGAUUGGCUACAAGCGGCGCACGCGACUGGGAGGCGCCGGUUACGUUGCGUCGGCGCGGCGCGCCGGACCCGCUGUUGCUACCGUGCCGGGGUGCCUCUAUAGCCUUGAACAGGAGCACAUCUCACCUCGUCCUAGUAUGCGAGCCGGGCAACGCGACCGAGGCCGGCGCUGCACGCGGCUCGCUCCACUCCAUCCGACGCGGCUCGCUUGACGUGCGCUCCGUGGCCUCUGACGGUCUACGGCGGACUUCGCUCGCUAAACUACAGGGGCUGCCGCUUGAAGCUCCUAUCACCAAGGUGAUAUCCCUCCUCUCGACGGCCACGGACGGCGCCCCUCCGUCCACGGUGGCUUGCAUCGAGCGCGCCGUUGACAUGCUUCGAACCUCCGAGCUCUACUCUCCACAAAUGAAAGACGAACCCAAACUGCGAGUCGAAGAUCCCAUCGCUACUGAUCUUAUUGGCGCUUUGCUGUCGAGGGAGCAAGUGAACACGAACCUAUUUUAUAUGCAAGGACCAUCAAACGUGUUGUCGUCGCGACGAAGCAGCAACGAUUCUACUGUUGUACGCUCGCAGAAUAACAGGACUAACAUCAAACAUAAGACGUCAGGGCAACUCCGAGACCUUCUCGACACAGCGUUGAACUGGGACUUCGAGAUCUUCCGACUCGAGGAGCUGACACGCGGACGGCCGCUGGCGCAUCUCGGUCUAGCCCUCAUGGGAGGUCGCUUCGACGUGUGUUCGGCGCUUGAGUGCGAUGAGCGUACGCUGCUGCACUGGCUGACCAUCAUAGAGACCAACUAUCACGCUGUCAACACGUACCAUAACUCGACGCAUGCAGCGGAUGUUCUUCAGGCAGUAGCAUACUUCCUCGAGAAGGACCGCCUGAAGACAGUAUUGGAGCCCAUUGAAGCGGCAUCUGCCCUCAUCGCUGCAGCAGCUCACGACGUGGACCACCCUGGCACCACGUCCACCUUCCUCUGCAACUUGCGCCACCCGCUCUCCAUCCUGUACAACGACAUCAGUGUACUGGAGUCGCAUCAUGCUGCGCUAACCUUCAAGCUCACGCUUAAUGACGAUCGCGUGAACAUAUUCAAGAAUCUCGACCGCGAUACGUACAAGACGGUGCGGCACAACGUCGUGGACAUGAUCUUAGCUACAGAGAUGACGCGGCACUACGAGCAUCUCGCCAAGUUCGUCAACGUCUUCUACGCCAAGGGCAACGUGGGUGGAAGUAAAGAGGACAACAUGAAUACUGACUUGGAUCCGCCAUCUCUCGACCCGGCAGUCAUCACCCAGCCGGAGAACGUCGUGCUGGUGAAGCGUAUGAUGAUCAAAUGCGCUGACGUGUCUAACGCUUCGCGGCCGCAGAAAUUUGCUUUUGAGUGGGCUAGAAGAAUUGCGGAGGAAUACUUCCUGCAGACAGACGAGGAGAAAGCUAAGGACCUGCCGGUGGUGAUGCCGAUGUUCGACCGAGCGACCUGCUCCAUCCCGCGCUCGCAGAUCGGGUUCAUCGACUACAUCAUUAAGGACAUGAUGGAUGCUUGGGCUGUGUUCAUCGACAUGCCAGAGCUGGUGACGCACGCGAAGCAGAACCACGCGCGCUGGAAGGAGCUGGACGAGGCCGGCGUCACCACCAUCGCCGACGUGCGCCGCGCGCAGCGCGCCGCCGCCGCCGCCGCCCUGCCCGCGCCCGACUCCACCGCCGAGGAGUAGGGUCAACGACCGACACUUUUCCACACUGGAUAAUAGGCGAGACGACUAAAAAAAAAAAUAGUUAUUUGUUAUACAAGGGGGCAAAGUUGUAUUUCAACGCCGAGUGUGGAAUUGAAAAACGAGCAAGUGAAAGCAUUCUAUAGUUGAGAUGAAAGUAUUAUAUAAGAUAGAAUAGAAUCCGGAACUUGCGAGUUUUUUAACACACGAGAAGUAAAAUACAUUUGCACCCGAGUGUAACACAAAACUUUUCCCCUCACUGUAGCGAGGAAAC